GCUCCGGCGUUCCGGGUCUGCAGAGCUCUGGCCGGCGCUGGCGCGUGAGGUGUCGUGGGGCGUAGUACUGGAGCAGGGCUGCUCGAGGGCCCCAGCGGUUACAGGAAGUGAAGAACCAUGGUGCUCAACAGUGUGGACAAGGUGAUUCAACUGCAGAAAAACACUGCGAACAUCAGGAAUAUCUGCGUUCUGGCUCACGUGGACCAUGGAAAAACCACUCUUGCUGAUUGUCUUAUAUCUAGUAAUGGAAUAAUCUCCAGCCGCCUAGCAGGCAAGCUGAGGUACUUGGACAGUAGAGAGGACGAACAAGUCCGAGGGAUCACCAUGAAAUCCAGUGCCAUCUCACUGCACUAUGCCAGAGGUACCGAGGAGUACCUGAUUAAUCUGAUCGACUCCCCAGGACAUGUGGAUUUCUCGUCUGAAGUGUCAACUGCCGUUCGCAUCUGUGAUGGGUGCAUCAUUGUAGUGGAUGCUGUGGAAGGGGUCUGUCCACAGACACAGGCAGUUCUGCGACAAGCAUGGCUUGAGCGCAUCCGUCCAGUGUUAGUGAUUAAUAAGCUGGACCGCCUGAUAGUGGAGCUGAAGUUCACCCCCCAGGAGGCCUAUUCUCAUCUCAAGAAUAUUUUAGAGCAGAUUAACGCACUCACAGGAACUCUUUUUACUUCUAAAGUCCUAGAAGAAAGAGCAGAGAGAGAGGCAGAAGCCCGCGUGAAUCCAAACUCUGAACAAGGAGAGCAGGUGUACGACUGGAGCACAGGCUUGGAGGACACAGAUGACUCUCACCUCUACUUCUCUCCAGAGCAGGGGAACGUGGUGUUCACCAGUGCGAUAGACGGGUGGGGCUUUGGCAUUGAGCACUUUGCCAAAAUCUAUAGUGAAAAAAUUGGCAUCAGAAAGGAAGUUCUUUUGAAAACAUUGUGGGGAGAUUAUUACAUGAACAUGAAGGCCAAGAAGAUUAUGAAGGUCGAGCAGGCCAAAGGGAAGAAGCCUUUAUUUGUACAGUUGAUCCUGGAAAAUAUAUGGAGCUUGUAUGACGCUGUCUUGAGAAAGGACAAGGAAAAAGUUGAUAAAAUAGUGACGUCUUUAGGAUUGAAGCUCGGAGCCCGGGAGGCACGACAUUCAGACCCCAAAGUCCAGAUCAGUGCCAUCUGCAGUCAGUGGCUGCCCGUGUCCCACGCUGUCCUUGCUAUGGUGUGUCACAAACUGCCUAGUCCCCUUGAUAUUACAUCUGAGAGAGUGGAGAGACUGAUGUGCACAGGAUCGCAGACAUUUGACUCUUUGCCACCAGAAACUCAAGCCCUGAAAGAAGCCUUCAUGAACUGCGGAGGUGAGGACACUGCUCCCGUCAUCAUUUUUGUCUCCAAAAUGUUUGCUGUAGAUGUCAAAGCCUUGCCUCAGAACAAGCCAAGGCCUCUCACACAAGAAGAAAUCGCUCAGAGACGUGAGCGGGCGAGGAAGAGGCACGCGGAGAAGCUUGCGGCCACCCGGGGGCAGACACCCACAGAACCUGGCCAGGAUGGGGGCGUCCUUGAACCGAAUCCGCAGGGAGAAGAGCUGAGAGGUGAUGAGCAGGAAGUGGAAAGUGUGACCCUUCACCCUGAGCUCCAGGAAGAAAGCAACCAAGAAUCUUUCAUUGCAUUUGCGCGUGUGUUCAGUGGCGUAGCUCGAAGAGGAAAGAAAAUUUUUGUUUUGGGACCCAAGUACAGCCCUAUUGAGUUUUUGCAACGGGUGCCGUUAGGCUUCUCAGCUCCGCUGGAUGACCUCCCCCCUGUACCUCACAUGGCGUGCUGCUCGCUGGAAAGCCUGUACCUCCUGAUGGGAAGGGAGCUGGAGGAGCUGGAGGAGGUGCCUCCCGGAAAUGUGCUAGGAAUAGGAGGCCUUCAGGACUUGGUGCUGAAGUCUGCCACACUGUGCAGCCUGCCGUCCUGCUCACCGUUUGUGCCGCUCAACUUUGAAGCCACCCCGAUUGUGAGAGUCGCUAUUGAGCCAAAACACCCAAGUGAGAUGCCUCAGCUCGUGAGAGGGAUGAAGCUGCUGAACCAGGCCGACCCCUGUGUCCAGAUUCUGAUCCAGGAGACAGGAGAGCACGUGCUGGUCACUGCAGGGGAAGUCCACCUUCAGCGAUGCUUGGAUGACCUAAAGGAAAG